AUGGGCCUGUGGGCCGGGUGGCCAUCGUGGGCGCUGACGAAGGGGGUUGAAGCCGACACUCCGGCUGAGUGGCUGAGCCGGGAAGACCACUCUUGGGCCGUGGCGUCGUUUGACCUGGCCAACCUGGUGAGUGCGUGGCCGGCCAGUUUGUUGGCCGAACACGCCGGCCGAAAGGGGUGUCUGUUGUCCGUGGGAGUGGCCCUGGUCGCGUCGUUUGGGGUUCUGUUCGCGCCUAGCCGGUGGGCCGUAUUUGCGGCCCGGUCGUUGGCUGGCUUCUGCAAGGCUGUGUUGUACGCCUCCGUGCCCGGCUUCAUGGCCGAAAUAUCAGCCGACCAGGCGCGCGGCCGUCUCAACGUGAUCGUGGUCUUGUCCGACUCACUAGGCAUGCUCGCCGCCCUAUCCUUAGGGCCGCGGGUCCCGUAUGUAGUUAUGAACGGGUGUUCGCUGAUCAUCGGGCUGGCGUUCCUAGCGGCCGUCAUCCGUGUGCCCGAGACGCCGCACUACCUGUUGUCCAAGAGUCGGAUGGACGACGCGAGGAUAGCGCUCCGUUGGUACCGGCCGCGGUCCACGACCGCCGACAACAACCGCCGUCUCAACCAGAUAAUGUUGGCCGUGCAGGAUGACAUGCGCGAACCUGGAACGUAUCGCGAGCUGUUUACUGACGAUGGCAACCGGGCCGCGGUGCUGCUGGUGGCCGGAGCAUGUUUUGCACAGCGCGCUGGUGGCGUCGGCUGCGUGUUGGCCUAUUCGACUACCACGAUGCCCACACACGGUCCCGUCCGGCCCGAAAACGUGACUAUCGUGUUUGCCGUCGUCCGGCUGACGUGUUCCGUGAUCGCGGUACCGCUCAUUGACCUUUACGGCCGCCGGCCGCUGACCCUUGGCUCGCAUCUGGCCUUGGCCGCCAUAACGGCCGCAUAUGCCCUCUGCCUGCUGUACAUCGAUGACCGGCCCGAUAACUGGGGCCCAUCAGUGUGCGUCUUCCUAUUCUCUAUGGCCUAUUCGAUGGGCGCCGGUAUCGUGCCUGGCGCGCUGGUCGGUGAGAUGUUCCCGGCCAACGUCAAGUCGCACGCCGUCACCGUGGUGUCCCUCGUCUCAUCGCUGGGCUCGUUCAUCAUCAACAAAUCGUACCUGCCCAUCAGCGACGCGUUCGGCGUGCACACCAUGUUCUUCGUGUUCUGCGUCGUCAACGCCGCGUGGGCCAUACUCGCGUACCUGUUCCUGUUUGAGACCAAAGGCAUGUCGCUGUCCGCCAUCCAAGAUCACCUCGACGACUAUAACAGCUCUUCGUCAUCUGAAAACGAAGACAAGAGCAAACUGCCCAGCCCCGGUGCACAUUCAUGACGAUUCCUGUCCGUCGUAAGCUAUUUAUUUGUUCACCCCUCAUUCGCGCCGAACAUCACAUCAGUCGCGAACCCUCACCCACCCCUUACAACCAUCACCGCCGUGAACGUUGUCUGUGAGCAGCUCGUGUCACAUUUGCGUGCUGGGCCAUCCGAAACACGUCAUCGUGUCACUCGUUAAAUUGAACUCCUACAUGUUUCUUGCUAAAUCAAUUUAGUACUCAAAAUCAAAGACAAAGUCCGAAAAUAGUAUUUGUAGCUAUACGUUUCUGUACUUGUAUAAUCUUGUACCUAUUCGACCCAUAUAGGAUGAAAUCACUACCAAUCGUAGUAUUCAAUGAAUUUUCACUCAAAAAAAUUGUACAGGUUAAACACUAUUGAUCAUUUCUCGAGGAUAAAUAAUCUAAAUUACCAAGAAAUGAUCUCACCAAGUCACGCGAUGAGUUAAUUUAAAACACAAUGUCUUUUUCGUUGUUCGAUAAAUAUCUUUUGAGGUUAUUCUUUCGAAAAUAACGUAGGUAAUCUACAACAAGCGUUACA